UCACUGAUGAUCUAAUGGAUGCAUUGUUACUGUGAAGAGGGAGAACCUGUUUCAACUGGUUUGAGGUGAUUCCCCACCACGGCAAAAUCUGGUUUCAGCAUUUCUGAUGACAAGAUUCUAUCGACAAGCUGAUUUUGAGGGAAACUCUGUCCACUUGUGAUAUGGAAGCCCCAGGUAUGGAUCCUUGUGUCGAAGAAGGAGAUUGCAGAGUAAUUGUUAAAGUAGAACCUCCAGAACUUAAACCAACUUCCCUACCAUUCUCUGGCCAGAUCAGUUCUUCAAACUUGUCACAAAGUAGUGCAUUUUCUUCUGAAUCUUCCUCGCAAAGCACUGCCAUGUUAGGAAAAGACUGUGAAUUCUGUGAACAACCACAGGAAGAAAUCCAGAUUUUUGGUCCGAAUUCCUCAAGAAAUAGCAAAUGUUCUUCAAGCCCACUACAAAGUAACAUAUUUUCUGCUGAAAGUUCCCCAUCGAGCACUGCCAUGUUAGUAAAAGAUUGUAGGAACGCUAGUGCAGAGUGUAUGACUGGUGCCAAUCAUGAUGAAGGUAUAAGAAAAGGGACAACUGAGAAUAUUAGCACUGAAUCACCUGGUGUCCCUCAGGGUACAUUAAUAGGUACUCCAACAACUUCAUUUCGUUCAAAUGAAAUGAGGACAAACCAUUCUAUGACUUCAUUAGAAAAAACUUUAGAGCUUGUAAAGAAGAGAAAGAAUGGGAUAAGUAAGGUUGAGGGUGAAAGUUGCAAGAAGGCUAAGAGGAAGCGAAAACCAACAAAACCUAUCAAGUUUAUGGAAUACUGCAGUGAAGCUGAAAGAAUUGUUGUUGGAAACCUACCAUCACCCAAAGCAACGGCUUCUUAUUCAACAGAUCAGGUUAUGUUGAUGGAGACAGAUUCAUCUGCUCUCAAUAAUGAACAGUUCUCACAGUCCUCAACCCAGCACAUGUAUUGUCUUCUGAACUUCAAGAUAUAUGAAUGCCUCCAGUGCGGCCUAGGCUUUGCCUCUGAGAAAGCAAUGAAUGUCCAUAUCCGAACCCAUUCUAAAGAAAAGCCAUACUGGUGUACAGAGUGCGACAUCGGCUUCACAGAACAUCAAUUGUAUAUGGCGCACAAGCAGAGUCAUAGGCCAUGUAAAUGUGACGAAUGCGGUGCAUGUUUUGGUAACGGUUCAACCUUGAAAAACCACAAGCUCCUUCACUUACAGUCAAAGAACUUCAAGUGCUCCGUGUGCCCCAAGAUGUUCAAGCAGAGGGCUGGAUUGACAUGUCAUAUGAGGUCUCAUACUGAUGAGAGGCCAUACCUGUGCAAAGAAUGCGGCGCUGCCUUUGUGGACAAUAAAUCCUUGCAAAACCACAUGUCAGUUCACUCCGACGAGAAGGCCUUCAAGUGCUCCGUGUGCCCCAAAAUGUUCAAGCAAAGGGCUGGGUUGGCUCAUCAUAUGAAGCAUCAUAAUGAUGACAAGCAAUACCUGUGCAAAGAAUGCGGGGCUGCCUUCGCUUACAACAUACACUUGCAGAACCACAAGGCAAUUCACUCCGAUGAGAAGACCUUCAAAUGCACCAUUUGCCCCAAGAUGUUUAAGCAACGAGCUGGAUUGACUGGUCAUAUGAAGGCUCAUACCGACGAAAAGCCGUUUAUGUGUGAGCUGUGCGGUAAGAGCGUCAAGACGAAGUCCACCUUGAAGAAACAUCGAAUGAUACAUUCUGAGGAGAAACCUUACCAGUGUCCACUGUGUCCUCAAGCUUUCAAGCAGAGAGCCGGUCUUUCACAACACAGUCAUAAACACGGCGAGGGAAACCCUUACUAACACGAUGACUACUGAAAAUUAUAAUUCCCUUAGGCUUAAAGGUAUAGACCUGUUCUGGUCAUGCGAUUGCAUUGUGAAAGAAACGUUGUGGAAUGGAUCAGAAAAGGUUGA